ACCGACCAGCUCAAUUACUGUACACUCCAAUUCAUAGAUAACGUUAGCUAGCUAACUAGCAAGAAGUCAUAGUAGGGUACAAUGUGUCCCAUUCAAAAGUCCGUUGCAACUUAGCUAGCUACAUUGAGAGAGUUGUAAGCAGAAACAUUACUUGUAGCCAAUGUUAGCUAACUAGAGUUAGCAUCUUCAUACUUUCUGCUAGCAGACAGCUAACGGUAGAUGGCUACAUGCAAUACUAGAUAGCUAGCUAUGUCUACAACCUCUAAAGUUGUACUGGGCAUUUCUGUGAUACUUACGGUGAGCACCGUUGCAGGAGUGCAUCUCAAGCAAAACUGGGACCAUGAGAGACUUCAUGCGGGAGUACUUAGAGACAUUGAACGUUUGGAGAGGAAGAGAGAGAACCUGCGAGUGCUCGAGCAACAAAGAAGUCUGACCAAGGAGCUCAAGGCAGAGCGCGACAGGAGAGAAUCGGGGCAGCAGGGCUCCGACCAACCCCAGGAGUAGACUGUCUGACUCCACCUGGUUAUGAUGGAAAGAGGUGUUGAGCAGAGGAGCCAAGUGGAAGAUGAGGCCAUGUGCACCUC